UAACGAAUUUAAAACGGCUGCUUUUGCUGCAGUAUAACGGAAAACCAUUUAUUUUACCUAAACAGCUGAUUGUUCCAACAAACCAGCUGACUAGAUAAACAAGCGUACACAGGUCACGUUUUUAUCCAAGUUUCAUGACUACGCACAGCAACAUUUCCCAAAUAUUGAAAUUCCAGGCCCAUCAGAAGGUCAAGUGUGUGUCAAGGAAACACUAUAGUGUUUUACAAUGUCUUGGUCGGUUGUGAUCCUGUAUAUCUCCCUGAGCGGACUCCAUGGUCUGGGGACUUCGCCCCCCGAGGACGGUCUUCAGGACAUCAGCAAAGACGUCAAGAGGAUCCAGGACAACGAAGGACUCUUCGACCAGUACUACCAGUGCCUUGUGGGCGGCCCUUGUACCCAGGAUACGAAGAGGUUGAAAGAUGUUAUACAGGAGGCAUUGCAAAAUGAUUGUGCAAGAUGCACGGCCUCCCAGCGUCGCUCUGCCGUGGACAUGCUCAAGUUGGCCAUGGAGUGUCGACCAGUGCAGUUCCAUGAGCUGGAGAAGAAGUUCGACCCCCGAGGCAGGUUCAUGAGCAAGUACAAGAGACGGGGUCAGGGUGUUGGAUGGCAGGGCGGGGAAACACCUCCCGUGGCCAGACAGCUUCCCACUGCUCAUAACCGAUGCUUGGUCAUUUAACAUAUCCAAGGGUAUUGGUAGUGUGGAACGAAUUUGAAAUUAU